AUAGAAGUGUGGGCCCAAAUACAGAAAUCCAGGAAACUUCCCAAUAUGCCACGUAGCUGCAGAGCCUCUUUCAUUGGGUGAAAAUUAUGAAAGAUUGCCACGUGAUUACUAGCACAGCUCCUUGAGCUGAGAACAUUUCUCUUUUAAGAAGAUGGAAGACCUUUCAAUCAGGAUUUACUUCCCUUUCUUACUGCUCAUUACUUUUCUGUGGCUUCUGCAUAAACAGCACUUGGGUUUUGCAUCAAGUUUUUUUCUGUUUUUCCCUUUUGUUAAAAAACCCUGAAAGUUGUGAGCAACAGCAAGCAGAAGAAGGGAAUACUGAACACACCAGAAGGCUCAUGAGUUGAGAAAGACAGAGAGCCUGGCUCCUGACUAUGGAUAUUUCCAAGAUGGUGCGAGUCGACAACUUCACUAACAGCUCCUUCAAGUGUACGAUUGAUAGCUUCAAGCAAGUUAUUUAUCCCACCAUUUACCUUUUUAUCUUCUUUUUUGGUGCUGUUGGAAAUGGCCUCUCCAUUUACGUUUUCUUCCAGCCUUCACAGAGGAAGACCUCAGUAAACAUUUACAUGCAGAACUUGGCUGUUUCAGAUCUCAUGUUUGUGAGCACUUUGCCCUUUCGGGCCACUUAUUUCCUGUUGGGAUCACACUGGAUAUUUGGUGAUAUUGCCUGCAGGAUCAUGACGUACACCUUGUAUGUGAACAUGUACUGCAGCAUUUAUUUUCUCACUGUGCUCAGUGUGGUUCGUUUCAUAGCCAUUGUAUACCCAUUCAAACACGGCAAAGUAACCAACAUGAAUUAUGCCAGGAUAAUAUGCGUGAUUAUAUGGGUCUUUGUGAUGGCAGUCUCCAGCCCUCUGUUAACCAAGGGAAUUGCUGGGUACAUAAACCCAGCCAAGUGCUUGGACCUCCACCCCUCCAGCACACACAGGCUCCUCAUGAUGAACAGCUUUGUCCUCGCUGUGGGCUUCAUUCUGCCCUUUUGCAUCAUUAUUGUCUGCUACAUCUUUGCAAUCAAAGCGCUGCUCAAGUCCAGGAGUCCACAGUGCAAGAAGGCAGUCUGUCACAAGAAGGCACUGUCAACCAUCAUCAUCACUCUCAUCCUUUUCCUCCUCUGCUUUCUGCCGUAUCACAUACUGCGAACUGUCCACCUGAUGUACAGCAGCUGCAGCCAGGCCAACCUGCCUGUGCACAAAGCACUGGUGGUCACUCUCUGCCUUGCUGCCAUGAACAGCUGCCUUGAUCCCAUCCUCUAUUACUUUGCUGCUGAAAAUUUCAAAGCAAGAAUCAGAAGUCUGUACCGCAGGUAGCUGGUCCAGAGUUGCAGAAUGAUGUAUAUAUAGUCCUGACGGGACAUCUAGACUGGGUCCGUACUAUUCAUUGCCAGAGGCUGGCACAGAUGCCAGGCAUCUCUGGAGAAAAAGUGUCUUGGCAAUAGCUUGUUGGGGCUAAAAGCAAGGUAGGAUGAUCACAGGUCAGGUACCUCAGUGUUAUCCCUGGUCCUCUCCUAUGCAGCAACACAGAUACAUCUCUAGUGCCCAUUGUCCUCAUGAAAUGGGAUUGAAAGGGAUGUAACUUGCUGCCUGAGUCCAUUUAUUUCAUUUCACAAUGCUCAACUGGU